AUGUCUCGUUCUUCAUCUUCUUCUGUACAAUCACUAGACAUGUCAGAAGAAAACGAUCACCAUUGCGCAGAUUAUGCUGAAUUGAGGAGCAAUAUGCAGAAUUUAGCAAAGUCAAGUGGUAUUACUAAAGCACUACAGGCAUUCCGUCUUAUGAGAACCGCUGCUCCUGGUAAGCCAACAAUAUACGAUUACAAUUCGUUGAUCAAUUGCUGUUUUAAAUCGGAAAAUUUGUGUUUACAUGAUCUUUCUACCCUAUAUUCCGAAAUGAAAACACUUGGAUUAUCCCCAAAUGCAUCCACUUUCAAUACUUUCUUAAAGGGACUAAAUCUUAUCGGGGAAUCAAAAGUUGCUCUUUGGGUCACCAUUGAAAUGUGUAAUCAUGCCUUUACUCCUUCAUUUACUUCUUUGUCAACUUUGCUCAAGAAAUGUUCAGAUUCCAUGGAAUUAGAAGAUGCAAUUACUGUUCUUGAAUUGAUGAUGGGGUUGAAUUACAUUCCAACUGAACCACAAAUGAUUUUGUUAAUUAAUCGCCUAAGCAAACAUGGGAUGACAGAAAAGGCUACCUUAGUGCUCUAUAAACUAUUAGACAAAGGUUAUUUUCCAAGCCCAUAUAUAUACAACCCAAUAAUAUGGUCUUUAUGUAAAUCUGAUCAGAUUAGUAUAGCUUUAGCAAUCUUUUGUUCUUUAGAGAAAAAGGGUUUUGUACAUAAUGUCUGUUCAUAUACAGCUCUUUUUUACGGGUUUUGUAAAAAAAAGUUAUUUAAGGAGGCUUCAAAUUGUUUGAACAAAAUGACAACAAAUAGUCGUUUCUACCCUAAUGUGAGAACUUACACCACAUUCAUCAAGUGUCUAUGUGACAAUGGAAGGAUACAAGAGGCAUUAAGUUUGUUAGGUCGAAUGGAAAAAAGAGGACUGGAUCCUGAUAUUGUUACAUAUAACAUAAUUCUUCGUGCUCUUUCAAACCAAAAUAUGGUUCAUGAAGUUUUUGACCUUUUUCAAACUAUCUACCAAAAGGAACUUUCACCAGAUCGCUAUACAGCUACUGCUUUAUCGGGACUACUCAAAAAGGGUAAUUUAGGAAUUGCACGUACUCUUUUGCAUGAUAUUUUCUAUGGUGGAAGUGAUAUGGAUGUUGCGGUUUAUAACGUGUACUAUUGUCUAUUUUCUGGUUUUAAAUCCAAAGAGUUGUCAUAUGUGAUUGAAUGUAUGAUAAAGAAUGACAUCGAGCCAAAUAACAUAACAUUCAACACAAUUCUAAAAGGUUUUUGUAAAGGGAAAUCCAUGGAUGAAGCUCUAGAGUAUUUUCAAAGUAUCAAGAAACCCGAUUUGGUGUCUUUCAACACGAUUUUAUCGGCUUCAUGUAAAAAGGGUGAUUCAAAAAUGGUUGAAAAGGUGAUUGAUUUAAUGAAAGAUGAAGGUUUUAAGUUAAAUGUUGUGGGGUUUACUUGUUUAAUGCAAUAUUAUUGCAAUGUUGGAAAGCUUAAUGAUUGUUUAGAUGUUUUUGAAUGUAUGAUUUCUCAAGGUCCUCGACCCUCAAUGGUGACAAUUAAUAGUCUUAUGAUUGGUCUUUGCAAGAAUUGGGAACUUGAAGCAGCUUAUCGAGUUUUUUGUAAUUUAGAAAGUUAUGGAUUGUCAUCGGAUUCAAACACUUAUAAGAUUCUUAUGCGUGCUGCUAAGAUUGAAGGAAAUGAUUUGUUGGUGGAGGAAUUACAAAGGAAAUGUAGGGAGGAAGGUGUGAAGCCGAAUAAUUGA